UUCUCAUUCAGCAGUUCACUCCUUUUCAUUUACCAUCUCUCUCAGACCAACCCUCUCAGACCUUCGUUUCAGCGCUGCAUUCAAUUUCUAUGGCGUCGAGUGGCACGGUUACCCCAACGUCCGAGACGUCGGACUCGUUUGUGAUGGUCCACUCUGAGACUGUCCAACCACGCAGCAACAACACGGCCACGCGAGCUGGUGCUGGUGCUGGUGCUGGUGCGCCAUUGCAGCUGUCGUUGCAGACGCUGUCGGCGCUUGACGCCACCACGUCCCCAGCACGCGUCCCCGUCGAGCUCGCCCCCAAGCAAUCCAGCAGCAAGAAGGCGGCGGCGUCGUCGUCGUCGUCGUCCAAGGCGCGCAAGGGCAACGCAUCAUCGCCCGCGGCCAUGGCGUUGUCGGUCGAGCAGGCAUUGCUCAAUCAGCAGCUGAUUGCGUCACAGUCUCCUGCUCCUCCUGGCGCCGACCUGAUGAGCGAGCCUCCGCACUCGCCGUCGUCGGUCGCGUCGUCCACAGCUGCGUCGUCGCUCUUCUCGCUGCUUUCGGCAAUGAGCAGCAACGGCACAUCCGCUGGGACGGGCGUGCACAGCUACAAGGCGCCCAGCAUCAUGUCGACCCGUCCGCUGCUUCCCGACGGCAAGUACCGUCCCGGGCGCACCAUCAGCCGACGCGGCCAGCGCUACGAGAAUGCACAAUUCCUGCUGCAAGGACGAGUGGACGCUGUAGACCUCAAGUACUUGGACGCGCCGACUCCGACGCAGUUUGAAUGGCUCUUGCAAGACGAGCAGCGAUUGCAGCACUGGCUCGACUUUGUUGCCCAACCCGAAGAGGCGCAGUUGCGAGCACUCCGCCCUGCUCAAUUGUCGGAUCACUCUUCCAAGGCCACCAACUCGACCAUUCCGCCCACAUCGGACCCCGUCAAGUGCUUCAAUCGCAUCGAUCGUCGAGUUCGUGAGAUGCUGCACAAGACGAAUGUGCCCAAGGGUGCUCUUGAUCACAUGGAACGGGAACUCCGCGACUCGUUCGCCGUGUCGCCAUCGCCGGUACUCGUAUGGGCACUGGAAAGCAGCCACGCUCGCUUGCUUGCUCACGCGCUCUGCCAGUUUUAUGGAUUGCAGUCGCGCAGCGAGGACGUUGACGGCACCCGCAAGACGUUUAUUGAAAACCCACAUGACUGCUUUGUCCACCCACGGCGAAUGCUGUCAGAAGUCCUCAGCUUGUAGAUAGAAAAACAAAAUGCAUCGCGAGAUGGUGUUUGCCGCCUGUUUGCGGUGAUUUGUGGUGUUUCGAUGUUACUCUUGUAUCACGGCUAGAAAGUAAAGUAUUGCAUUCAUAUUACAAACAAUUUCCG